AUGUCCGGCCUAACAGUAGACAACCUUACCACACGCACGCUCUCACACCACUGUGUCGAAGACGAGUGCCAUUGCGACUGGCGAAUCUCCAUUUAUGGUUGUACCGAAGAAACUGCCAUGUAUUACAUCUACAUUGUCAACAUUGCCCUCUCAGGUCUUGUUGUAGCUGUUGGUAUUGGUUUGAUCAUCCAUCGCUUGAUUAUCAAAGGCCAUAAGCUAUGGGAUUAUAGACGAGCUGGUGGAUGUCUUCGACCUAAGCCGGUGGAUUCUAUGUUGGUGCUCUUGACAUUUUACAAUAUCCUGCGAUUGAUUUCUAGUGUAAUUUUGGUGGUCGAUGUUGCGCCGACAAACAUGAUUGCUCGUUCAUUCUUGUUUGAGAUUCCAUGGCAAUUUGGGUAUGGCAGCUUUGCGCUGUACCUUGUAGGUAUUGCUCAAACAUUAGCUGAGAGCCAUAAGGCCGUAUCCACUGGAUGGUUGCCAUCCGCUCAAGUCGUUGAUUUAUUGGGCUCAUGGUUCUUUUUAUGGCCCUUCGUGAUCAACAAUGUAUGCUCGAUCAUCUCUGGUGCAUUUGCUUACUCCAACUUGUAUGUGGCCGAAGUGUUUGCUCGACUCCUAUAUGGCUUUUGGUUCCUUCACGAUGCCUCCCUCAGCGGUGCUGUGCUUUUUGCUGGAUGGCGUUUGGUUCGAAUUCUCAAUUCGCAUUUGGCUAGAUUUGGAAAGGAUGGUGCUCGGUAUCAAGCUAUCAAAACAGGCAUCUUUAAAAUCAAGAUGCUGGUAGGCAUCAUUAUUGUGUGUCUCAUGUCAUUUGCCUCGUUCCUUUUGCUGUAUGGAAUCUUGCGUGAUCGUAUCAUGACAUCCACUGUUGGCAGUGUCAUUCUUGCUGUCAUUUGGACAUACCUUGGUCCCAUGACAACGGUGUUUGUUGAAGCAGCCAUCAUCAUCAAUCCCAAGUUUGAGAAGAACCAAGCAUUGGCUGCAAACUCAUCGAGUGGCACAGGUGGUGGUGAUUCUACUUUUCCCACCUCCACAGGCGAAAGUACCAGUUACACGGCACCAGGCGUAACCAUAUCAUUCAACGACAAGGAUGAAAUGAGUGAUCUCAAGCAACAGCAACUUAGGUACCAGCAGCUGUAUCAGAAGCAUGCUGUUGGCCCCAAUGUCAGCAAUCACUCGCCUACGGAUAGGGCAUCUGACGACUCGGCAGCUGAUGAUUUCCAACGUCAAAAGUUCCGUAAUCAUGCUGCCGAUGAUACUGGUUCUUCCAAAUAUGAGCUCGUCUAUUAA